CUCUCUCAUCUCUCUACUCGUCCUGACGGGGACUGUAACAUAAAGAGAGAGAAACCUAGAAGAAACCAUAGAUAGAGAGAUAAAAUCGCGAAUCAUAGGAUGAGAGCGGCCAAUGAUGAGAGCGACUGGCUGUAAUGCACCGGUAAAUCCACUGGAGCAGAUAGUUUAGCGUUGUCGGGAGUGUAUCGUUCGUUGUAUGGGGAGCUGGACAUUGGUGGAUGGAGUUCGUCGACUGUUUAAGCGUCGUCAAUCAUCGAGAUCUUCAGUUUUUAGCAGUAAGAGUAAGCUCUGCAGAAAUGACGGUCAAUCAUCUGUGAUCACUGAAUUCAAUGACGAAUCAUCCCAGUUUUCUUCUGGUCCAAAAGACGAAAACCUUAGGGUUGCUGCUGAUUUUGAUUUUUCGAGCUUGAAACUAAUCGAAGUUCCCUGUCGCUUUCAUUCGCCUCCCAGUUACAUGGAUUUUCAUAAGAAGAGUGCACUGGACAAAGAAUUUUUUACAGAGUAUGGUGAAGCAAAUAGAUACCAAAUUCUUGAAGUUGUCGGAAAAGGGAGUUACGGUGUUGUAGCAUCUGCAGUUGACACACAUACAGGAGAGAGGGUGGCAAUCAAGAAAAUAAAUGACGUUUUUGAGCAUGUUUCCGAUGCCACAAGGAUUCUCAGAGAAAUUAAGCUCCUUCGAUUGCUCCGCCAUCCUGAUAUUGUAGAAAUAAAGCAUACUAUGCUCCCCCCUUCUCGACGAGAAUUUAGAGACAUUUAUGUUGUUUUUGAGCUGAUGGAGUCUGACCUCCAUCAGGUUAUAAAGGCUAACGACGAUCUUACCCCAGAGCAUUAUCAAUUUUUCUUAUACCAGCUUCUUCGAAGUCUCAAAUAUAUACAUUCAGCUAAUGUUUUUCAUCGAGAUCUAAAGCCAAAGAAUAUUCUUGCUAAUGCUGACUGCAAGUUGAAAAUAUGUGAUUUUGGGCUGGCUCGUGUGUCAUUCAACGAUUCCCCUUCAGCAAUUUUCUGGACUGAUUAUGUUGCAACCAGAUGGUAUCGUGCCCCUGAACUCUGUGGCUCAUUUUUCUCCAAGUAUACACCAGCAAUUGAUAUAUGGAGCAUUGGGUGCAUAUUUGCAGAACUGCUCUUGGGAAAGCCAUUAUUUCCUGGAAAGAAUGUAGUGCAUCAGUUAGAUCUCAUGACUGAUUUCCUUGGCACCCCUUCUACUGAAUCCAUUUCUAAAAUUAGGAACGAAAAGGCGAGAAGAUACCUAGGCAACAUGCGGAAAAAAGCACCUGUUCCUUUUUCUCUGAAGUUUCCUAAUGUGGAUCCAUUAGCUCUUCUUCUUUUGGAACGCAUGCUUGCAUUUGAUCCUAAAGAUAGACCAACAGCCGCGGAGGCAUUAGCAUUUCCUUAUUUUCAGGGAUUAGGAAAUGUUGAUCGUGAGCCAUCUACUCAACCCAUUUCAAAGCUUGAGUUUGAAUUUGAAAGGAGAAAAUUAACUAAGGAAGAUGUUAGGGAGUUAAUUUAUAGAGAGAUUUUAGAAUAUCAUCCUCAGAUGCUACAUGAGUAUCUACGUGGUGGUGAUUUGACCAGCUUCAUGUACCCAAGUGGUGUUGAUAGAUUCAAAAGACAAUUUGCCCAUCUUGAGGAGCAUCAAAGUAAAGGUGAAAAGGGUAGUCCACUCCUGAGACACCAUGCUUCAUUGCCAAGGGAGAGGGUAUGUGCACCAAAAGAUGAAAAUGCUCCAGACAGUAAUGAUCUAGAGGGCAGAACUGCUGCUUUUGUAGCUUCAACUAUUCAGAGUCCUGAAAUUGGAGAUGUAGUUUCCCCCAGUGGACAAAACCAGGCAAAUUACAGUAAUCGCAGCCUUAUGAAGAGUGCAAGUAUUAGUGCUUCCAAGUGUAUUGGUGUUCAAUCAAAUAAUGAUCUCGAGGAAGAACCCGAUUCAGAAAACAUUAGAGCGUUGGAUGGUUUAAUACAACAAAUGGCAACCCUUAACUAUUGAUCAUCUUAUGCUUCUUCAUACCACACUCACAAUAUGCGGAAGGCCCCAGCAUAAUUCUUUUUGUUUUAGACAACCAAUGAUGGGUUCGUCGGUUACCCACGUAAAGAGCCAAACAGGGUUUACAUGUACUACCUCUCCCUUUCAUAUCCCUCCCCUUGUACUUUUUAAAUUUUUCUAUGGGGUUAGAAAUGGUAACAUAUGUAAUUAUGUUCAACAUAUUUAGAUCUCUACAUGCUGAAUACCUUCUUUCUUCAUUAGCAAAAACUAAGGCAAGAAAAGGAGUAAUAUAUUGCCUUGAGAGAAUGCACAAUCUAGGUCAUCAGUAUUGAGAGUUGUAAUAUGUUAUUAGUCUAUUGAUAGACAUGCCGGUAUCUUUCAUUUGAAAACAUUUUUAUGUCAGAUUUAUCCAGAUGGGAUCGUGUUUGGAAACACUGAAUUUAGUCGAACAUAUUCAAAAUUUAUUAGCAGUUUUUCAUCUGGAC